CUUUUUCAUUAAUAAAAUGCGUGGCUCAAUCACAUGGUGGCUACUUGUAACACUAACUGUGUUGGUGUCUUUGGCACUUGCAUCAAAGGAUUACUAUAAAAUACUGGACGUCCCUCGCGAUGCACAAAAGGCUCAAAUCAAGCGACAUUUUAAAAAGUUGUCCAGAGUCUAUCAUCCUGACAAGAACUCUGGUGAUGAAGCCGCCUCACAAAAGUUUAUGGAAAUUGCUAAUGCGUACGAAGUAUUAAUGGACGAUGAAAAGAGAUCCAUUUACGAUCGCUAUGGCGAAGAAGGUUUAAAGAAUGGAGGAGGAGGAGGUCAUGGAUUCGGCGGUGGUGGAGACCCUUUUGAUAUUUUCUCCCACUUCUUUGGAGGAGGUCAUGGACAUAGACAGGCCCAAGAAAAGAGAGGACCUGACAUUGCUAUUCCUCUUGAGGUUACGCUCGAGGAUUUAUAUAACGGCGCAGUCAUUGAAGUAGAUAUCUCAAAGCAGGUAUUAUGUGAUCAUUGCCACGGAAGCGGUGCUCGUCGCCCUGAAGAUAUUCACACCUGUAAUACUUGUGAUGGACGUGGUAUGGUUAUCAAGCGUGCGCAAGUAGCACCUGGCAUGUUCCAACAAUUCCAACAGCAAUGUCAAGCUUGUGAUGGCAAGGGAAAAAUUACCGAGCAUCUUUGCCCCUCAUGUUCGGGUCAUAAGGUUCGUAGAGGAAAUGAGAACUACUCUAUUCAUAUUGAAAGAGGCAUGAAUGAUGCACAAAAGAUUAUCCUCGAUGAAGAAGCAGAUGAAUAUCCUGAUACUAUUCCCGGCAACGUUAUUUUUGUCACCAGAACAGCGCCACAUCCUGUGUUUGAACGUAGAGGCAAUAAUUUGUAUACCAAACAACAUAUCACAUUGAUCGAAGCUCUUGCUGGUUUCAAAAAGACGAUGACUCAAUUGGAUAAUUCAAUUAUUGAAUUAGAAAGAGAGGGGGUGACACAAUAUGGCUUUGUUCAAACAAUCAAAGGACAAGGUAUGCCACUUCAAGAGAACCACUCAAGACAUGGUGAUUUGUUUGUCGAAUAUCAAGUUAUUUUUCCAACCGAAGUGGAUUCAGAAACCAUCGAAUAUUUGAAGAAAGGAAGUAAAUUUGCGCCAAAUAAUGGGCCUAAAUUGGUCCAUCAAGAGCUUUAGACAAAUAUAAUAAUGCCCGUAGUAUACAAAAUCGUAUAUAUAGACAGCUUGAAUGGUACCACAUAUCACAUGGAAUAACCUUUUUUAUACACAGUGAUAAUCAGUGGACAUAAUACAACAUGUUACUUAAAUAAACAAACUCUUUUUUUACAAAUUAU